CGGGACUUAGAAAAUAAGUUCACUUCAUUUUCCAGUUGUUGGCGAACAUCAAAUUACCGAAUAGUUUGCAAUAUAUGAUUAUCUAUUGCUAAGAAAAGAUGAAACCAGAUGGGUACGCUAGGACCAUAGAGGGUGUGGUAGGACUUCGAGCUAAUCAAGCUUUAUUAUCACUUCCUUUGUUGUUCUGCCUGUAUGACGUCUCGCGUAGUCCUGGUGAAAAACAAACCAUUUCUUUUCACGUGAGUCAGUGUGUGCAGAGAUACUUGUUGCACUUCGCUUGAGUAAAUUUCUGCAGUGUUGGCCCGGCAAUGUGGCAGGAAUUGGUAGUGCACAAUGCCUGCCCAACUCCAGCAAAUCACCAAAUAUCACCUUUUGGUGAAUAUUUGUUGAAGUAAUGACCAGAGUCAUUUGGCUACAGUCAAAUGUUACGACCACGUGGUGUUACCGUACAAGAUUCAUUUUUCGCCGGUUGUCACAAUACCGUCAAAAACGUUUCAACUUUGCAUCCUGAAAGUAAUGAAAUGGAAAUGUUUGAUGCUGAAAAUUGUUACCGCUCAAUUUUUGAGGAACCCGUUUCCUGUUCUACUUCUUCCCACGUCGAUGUAAGCUAGAGCGAAUAGUUUGAUCGUUUACGUUGAACACUCUGGCAAGCUUCUGACAUGUUUGACUAGAAUCAAGUUUGAUAGCUUUCCUCAGUUCAUCGUCAUUCAAGACAAGUGUAGGCCGUGGUUCAUCAUUAAUCCCCUCGUUCCUCGAACCAACUUUUUCAACCACUUUUGGGCAAAGCGCUCACUUAACGCAGUGAAAUGUUAACGAGUACCUUCGGCCGCCCUAGUACCUAGCAUAAAUUCAUACAAUAAGCACGCAUGAAUUAUGGGUUUUGAAGCCAAGAAAAUGAAAAUAUUUUAUAAUUUACAGUCAAUUGUCCAAGACAAUUUUUGUAUAUGUAUUGACUAAUUAUUCUCUUGGUAAUACGUGAUGUAAACAUCUAAUCCUCGUAAGCAAAUAGAAAUGUUGAUUAACGGUAAAAAGACAAUAGCAAACGAAAAACCGUACGAACGUUUCUGGUUAUUAAUUUCUGAAUGAAUACUUCGUUUUUGAUGGUGUUUGAAGAUAAAGAUCUAUAAUACGGUGGACACAGUGUUAGUGAUAUCAGAAUUUUUAUUAAUGACAUCUUUUCUGAACAUUCGAGUUCAGUGUCAAAUGCCUUUCUUCACCUCUUCAUCUUCAGUGAUGUGUUUGAAGAGUCCCAUUGAAGAGAGGCCUAAAGAAUGGAUACGAAAAUCACGCCUUACUGUACAACCAGAAAUUCCAAAUCAUAACAAGUUCAGUCAAUUUAGGCAACUUUAUGAAUAUGCAGUAUUAUGGUGAUGUAUGCAUAGGAACGCCUCCUCAAUUGUUUUCCGUCAUUUUCGAUACGGGAUCCUCUCUACUUUGGGUGCCUUCAAAUAGCUGCGAUUCGCCUGCUUGCCUGAAAUCGAGGAGGUUCGUCAGACGGAAUUCGAAGACUUACGAACCUUUAGACAAGAUCGUUUCUGUUUUUUACUUAAAGAGUUCAGUGAAGGGUCUCCUCGCCAGGGAGCAAAUCCAAUUAGGUGGAGUCAGCUAUAAAGGGAUAUUCGCCGAAGCUAUCCAAGAGCCUGGUGAAGGCUUUCUUGGUGCACAUUUUGACGGCAUCAUGGGUAUGAGUUUACCUGAGCAGGACCAAUACAGCAUCUUGAGUGUCAUGGUUCAGCAAAACCUUGUGAAAAGGAAAAUAAUUUCAUUUUAUCUGAAGAGAAAUUUAACGGAAAACCAAGGAGGUUUAAUGAUGAUAGGAGGAUGGGAUGAAAAUUACUUUUCUGCAAAUAAUAUAUCAUAUAUACCAGUCAAUCAAAACGCAACAAAGUGGGAAUUCACGCUUGACAAUGUGAGAGUGAAAAACAUUACGCUCAGUUGUAACAGAUGCGUGGCUAUAGCAGACACAGGGAGUUCGGUAAUAUUCGGCCCACCUAAAGACAUUAUAAAGAUACAGCAGACGCUCGGAAUCAACCAGGAAGGUUUUAUUGAUUGUAAGAUAAGAGAAAAACUGGAAGCUGUUCACUUUGUCAUCGGCAACAAACUUUAUACUUUGAAACCAUCGGAUUACAUAAUGCAGAUUUCACCGCAGGUCUGUAUAUCUGUGUUCUUCGAAAUGCCUAGACCAAUAGGUGGAAUCAUGUGGAUUCUUGGAGAUGCUUUUUUGGCAAAAUUCUACACCAUAUUCGACUUUGAACAAAAGAGAAUUGCUUUUGCUACUCUUAAGACGAAUGUUCCUCAUCAAAUAGAAAAGGACGGAAAUGUGUAUUGCGGCCUGGGAUCUUCUAAUACUUUAAACAGUUUCCUUUUGUUCAGUUUAUUUUUAACACAGUUUUUAUCAAUUUCAAUUUAGGUUCAUAUAUUUACAUAUGCUUUAAUUUAU